GCUAGGAGAAUGGGCGCCAUUUAAUGCCGGGGCAAAAAGCGAAGGCUUCCCGGCAUGCAAAGCGCCCGGUUGACCUCGCUGACUCCACGAUGGCGGCGCCCAGCUAGGGUUUCCUUGAGGGAAUCCGGGGGCUGCAAUUUGGCAUCAGUUUAUGCUAUCUGUUCCAUAAAACUGGAGGUGUUGAAAAGGAAAAACCUGACAUCAUCUGCCUGUAAAGUCUGUGCAGAACCAAAACCAUCAUGUCAAAGCUUAGCCAAGCUGGCAAAACGGCACUGAAGAUAACUGGUGGAGGUGUGAUCCGGUCAAUCAUCAAAGCUGGACAGGCUAUUCCAGGUCCACCUCUAGGACCUGUUCUUGGACAGUAUGGCAUUCCCAUCGGGCAAUUCUGUAAGGAUUUCAAUGAGCGGACCAAGGACUUCAUACCAGGCAUCCCACUACCCACCCAAAUCAACAUAAAGUCUGACAGGUCUUAUGAACUUGAGAUACACAAACCAACAGCCACCUACUUUUUACUUUCAGCAGCUGGUAUAGAAAAGGGAGCAACAUCACCUGGACACGACAUAGCCGGGAUGGUGACCCUGAAGCACUUGUAUGAGAUAGCACUGGUGAAAUCCCAGGACUCCUCGUUUGUGAUCCGCGACUGGCCACUGGAAACGGUCAUCAGGUCCCUGAUUGGAACAGCCCGAUCGAUUGGCAUCCAAGUAGUGAAAGAGUUAAACGCCGAAGAAUAUGGAGUCUUUCUGAAAGAGCGUGAAGAGAGGUUGGCUGCCGAGGCAGAAGCCAGGGCAGCUGAACGGGUAGCGAAGAAGAAAGAGAUCGCUGCAGCAGCUACACCAACCUAAAGAGGUAGAACGCUGGGGAAGGUGAUGUUUUAAGCAGGGGUCACCCCCAUCCCGUCAUUUCAUGGGAGCUGAAGUUUGCACAAAAUCCUGCAGUCUGAAGAAGGAAGAACUCCUCCACGUCAGGAGCCUCGGAGGUGCCAAACCUGGGUUGCUUGUGUCAUUUAUUAUCGGCAAGACUCUUAAAUGAAUGGUGGCAAACCACAAUCUUUCCCAUGUGCGGCCCACGUCGGUUGCAUCUGGGUUGGUCGUUCAGAUUCCCGGCUUCUG